AUGUCUAGUGAUAUUUGUUCUACUGCUAGCAUUCCUGAUAUUCCCCCUGAUUCUCCUGGCAGCUCAGUUUCUUCAAGAUUACAGGAAGAAUAUGAAGAGUUAUUAAAAUAUGCUGUUGUUGCUCCCAAGUUUGAUUCAUCCUCUUCUGGUACCAAAACAGUAACAUCUUUACCACCAGUGUCAGUUACUAGAGAAACAACUUCAAAUCCAACACCAACAGCAUACUCAAAAGUUUUAGAUGAGAACUUGACGCCAAGAUCUGUCAACCCUCAGCCAACUAGUCUACCAGAUUUUUGUCACAGUCCUAUACCUAAUUAUAAUUGUAAUUCUGGUAGUGAUACUUUAGAAAAACCUGACGAUAUGCUUCAAAACUCUAGAAAUAAACAAUUUACAUGGCAGAAAGCAAGUCAGGGUAGUUUUGAACCAUUAAAUAUGGAGUGUGAACAAGCUGGUGAUGAUAUUAUUUAUACUGCUACUGUUGAUACUGAUGUUACCGUAAUAGAGAACAUAUUAGAUCAAAGUUGUCUAGAUUUAAAAAGAAAUGUCCUUGCUGAAUUUGGUCAAGUGAAGAUUAAAAUAGUAGAAAAUGCCAGACAAGAACUUCAUAGAGAACAAGAAAGAAAUGUUAUUGAGAAAAAUAAGUUAAUAAAUGAGAUAGAUAGUUUAAAAGAAUUAUUACAUACAUAUGAACAGUCUAUGGAACGCAAAGAUCAAGUCAUCUCUAAUUUAACCCAUGCAAUGCAGAAACAGAAAGAUCGUAAAGAUAUGAUGAAACAGUUUAGUGAAUGGAAAAUUCGACAUAAUGAUGUAAAGAGAGAGACAUUCUGUAGUAAUUUAGCCAAGCGUCAUUAUGAGAAGAAUUUGGCACAGAAGGUAUGGGCAGCCUGGCAUUCAGUGUUGGAAAAUAACUGGAGAAGUAAGAUAGAGAGAGCUUGUCAAGCUAAAGCCCAGGAAGUCUGUAUGCAGUUAACUAAUGAUUAUGAAAUGAAGAUAGGAUCAUUAAAUGAGGAAUUAGAAAGGAGAAGAUAUGAAAUAGAUAUAUUACAUUCAGAGAGAGAUAAAUAUGAGGAGGCCAUGAAGAAAGCUUUUAUGAGAGGUGUCUGUGCUCUUAAUUUAGAAGCUAUGAACAUGUUUCAUGGGUCUGAUGAAGAACAAUCUGGAGGUGCCAGUGGGAAAUCUAAUGAUGGCUAUAGUGAUAAUUUAGAUGGCAAUUUUCCACAGAAAGAAUAUGGUACAUCUAAAACCAUUCCUCGUGAUUCCACAGAGAGUCUACCAUCUAGAAUAGUAACAAGUCAAGGAUCUAGACCACACAGUGUCUCACACCCUAAAUCUGUGGUUUACCUUGGGUACUGUGAGAGUCUACCAUCUAGAAUAGUAACAAGUCAAGGAUCUAGAUCACCCAGUUUCUCACAUCCUAAAUCUGUGGUUUACCUUGGGUGCUGUGAGAGUCUACCAUCAAGAAUAGUAACAAGUCAAGAAUCUAGACCACACAUUGUCCCACACCCUAAAUCUGUGAUAUCAAAGCAAUCAGCUGGAGUUACAAGUAUUAGUAGUAAGAAGUCAAAUAGUGCUAAAUUUUCCAGCAAAACUACAUCCUCUGCUAAUCAAAAAUCCAGACCUUCAACAGCUAGUAUGGGUUCCACCACUGUAGCACCACCAAUGGCUUCAGUUGUUGUUGAAAGACAUCCACCAGUCAAUAAGCAAACUAUUGGUCAAGCUACAGCCAGUAAAUUUCCAAAAGGAUCUGAUGGUGCCAAACCUUUUAAAAGACUUGCAGGACAGACUGGAACAAUCACUAUAACACCUCAUGUACAAUCAGUCAAGGUUGUGGAUUAA